AUGACACCAAGCAAAACAACAACGGCCAAUGCUUCCUCUUCAUCAUCCUUCGGAAAUGCCAACAACAUCAAUCAUUCCAUCAGCACCAACAACCAUAAUCAUAACAUCAUGAAUAACUCCACUACCACCACCACCACCAGCACCACAACAACAUCAACGACCGGAAAUUCCCUUCUCACAACCAUCAAACGAAAAUUCGCUCCUUCCUUGAAAAACAAAUCCUCUUCUCCCAACAUCCAAAAGUUCAGUUCUAGAACAACUUCCUCUCAUCGUGUUGAUGAUGAUGAUCCUGUUCAUGAACAAGAGCGUUCGGCUGUAUACGGAGGCAAGACCAAACACAAGUCUAAAUCAGCUCCUAAUUUAAAGAGUAAUAAUCAUAAUAAUAAUAACGGCAACAAUACGAAUAAUAGUAGUAGUAAUGGUGCUGGUGCUUCUUCUUCCUCUUCAGUCAUUGUUCAUUCUCCUUCAUCCCCUCUCCCGGAAAACACCACCACCACUCCAACAACAACCCAUCCCUUCUUGAUGAUGAAUCAUGGUAGUCCCAUUACCAAUAACAACAACAAUAACAAUAGCAGUAGUAAUAGUCCUACUCCAACGAAACGUAAAAUUCCUCUUCUUUCCUUGUUCACGAACACCACUUCUGCGACACUUCCAACAGCAACAACGACCAAAGAAGCUUUGGAAACCUUCUUUGAUGAAACUUUGCAGGUCAGUCAGACUGGUCGUGAUGAUGGUUCAAGCACUGGAGGAUUGACCUCUCCGAGAAUUUCCAUCGCUCCGAGACGUACAAAAUCCAUGGAUCGAACAUGGAGUGGUGGUGCUAGUGGUGGCCAUCAUACGACGAUCACCACCACCACCAACAAUUCAUCAACAACAUCCAUAACCACAACAUCCAUAACAACUGCAUUAGGCUCUACAAUGACUCCACAAACCAGUGGUGAAUCAGCAACUUCACCCUAUUCACCACGAGUGUCCUUUCAACGAUUGACAGUGGGAUCCUUCAUGGAUCAUGAAAAUUCAUUGAUGAUGCCACAACAUUCUGAAGAUUAUCUUUCCAAUGAUCAUUCUCACAACAACAUUAAUACUAGUCAUGCCAAUACUGUGAUUGAAGAUGAAUAUUCACAAAUUAUGAAUUCGGAAAUUGGACGUGAAAUUUUCUUUCAAUACAUCCAAAAAUCAGCGCAUUUGGAACAAAUUGAAUUUUUACAAGACACGAUUCGAUUGUAUCAAGACAAUGCAUUAUUAUUAAUGACGACGUCGAAUUCUGCAGGAUUGCUACCAAAUUCAGCACGAUCACCAGUUUCUCCAAGAGGAAGAAGAAAUUCCAAUUCAUUGUACCAUCAUGACACAAAUUUCAAUUCAACAAGUGCAGUCACUGCCACGACGACACAAACGUCAUUUUCUCAACCAACAAGUUCAUUUGGAUAUUUAUCAUCGUCAAUGACAGACGCAAAUACUUCUUCAUCAUCGCUCAGUAGUGGUGGAACGACCGAUGACACGAACUUUUCACAAACGAAAUCGUCGUCUGUGAGUGCCAUCGUUGGAAAUUCUUCACCCAUUGGAGGUUUAAAGAAACUUGUGAAAUCCAAGACACGUGCAAACAGUACUUCCUCAGAUCCCAAUGAUAAGACAUUCAUUUCAACUUCGGAAAUUUUAAUGAAAUACAAGCAACAACAGUUACAAAAUAUUCAACAGUCACUCCUUCAACAGCAACAACAAAAUUCACCACAGUCAACUUUUUCUCAAAAUGGAACGUUCCAACAAUCUCAUAUUUAUAAUGAAAAACUGCGCUUUUUAAAUACUCAUGUUUAUCCAGAAAAUGCACAAGUUUCAGAAAUUCCUCAUCAUCUCUAUUGCGACAUGUUUGUGAGUGAGGAUGAAUUUAUUGAAAUUUUUAGAGAUUUAAUUAAUAACAUUAAUUUACAACUUAAAUUAGAAUGUUUUAGAGAUUUUAGAAAAUCACCCAAAUAUUUGGAAGCAGUCGUAAGUGAAAGCAGUAACGACGUGAGUAGCGUGACUGGAAUUUUGAGUAGUCAAAGCAAGUAUCCCAUCGACACGAUUGCAACUCCUAGAAGAUUUUUCAAUAAGCGACGACUUUCAGAGAAUGACCUUUCGCAUCUAAAGAGUGAUUCAAUAUCAUUCAAUAACCAUGCAUUGUUACUUUCUCCAAGAAGAGACUCUACGGCUGGUUCGAGUACAAGUGGUCACCACUCGUGGCUGCAACGUGAGCAAAAGUCAAGCGCUCGAUCCUUGUUGAGAAAUAUGAAAAAUCCACUCGAAUUGUUUAUGGUAUUGCACAAUAGGUGA